CCCGUCAGCUCCCAAAGCGAAGCCUGUAAGAAAGGGCAAGUGAGGUUUUUGUGUUAAUAAAGCAGCCCGUGGACUAACAGCUUUGCCCAUCCAUUUGCCGAACAGAGCUUUGUCUGCACACUGACAGGACGUGAGGACGAUGAGGUUAUCUCCCCGGGCAGCUCUCUCACCUCCAGAGAUCAUUUGCAGCCGCUGCAGCCAGUCCUGUAACAACAAGGAACUAGGAAUCCGAAUUCCACGACCACUAGGACAGGGGCCGAGCAGAUUUGUUCCAGAAGAAGAGAUUCUGCAGGUGGGAAGUGAGGAUGCAAACAUGCAUUCUGUGUUUGCUGAAACUUUUGCAGAUUUCGGUCGCUUAGACAACAUUACCCUAGUGAUGGUAUUUCACCCUCAGUACUUGGACAGCUUUCUGAAGACUCAGCAUUACUUGCUGCAAAUGGAUGGCCCCCUUUCACCUUGUUAUCAGCACUACAUUGGCAUCAUGGCAGCAUCUAGGCAUCAGUGUUCCUAUCUUGUUAAUCUUCAUGUCAAUGACUUUAUUCAUCAUGGAGGGGACCAAAAGUGGUUAAAUGGCUUGGAGAAUGCCCCCCAAAAGCUGCGUAACCUUGGGGAGCUAAACAAGAUGCUAGCACACAGGCCAUGGCUCAUUACAAAAGAGCACAUUGAGAAAUUGCUUAAAGCCGGAGAACACAGCUGGUCUUUGGCAGAAUUAAUUCAUGCAAUCGUUCUUCUGGCCCACUACCACUCUUUAGCCUCUUUCACAUUUGGUUGUGGAAUUAACCCCGAAAUACACAGUGAUGGUGGUCACACCUUCCGCCCUCCCUCUGUCAGCAACUACUGUAUAUGUGAUAUUGCCAAUGGCAACCAUGGGAGUCAAGAAGGCCAUUAUCCUCUUGGAAGUGUAAAACUUACAGACUCCUCUUGUGAGGUUGAAGCUUUGAUGGUAAAGAUGAAGCAACUUCAAGAAGGAAGAGAUGAAGAAGAAGCAAGUCAGGAAGAGAUGACAACUCGUUUUGAGAGAGAGAAAACUGAAAGCAUGGUGUUUGCUACAGAAGAUGAAGACCCUCCCCCAGAUAUAGAUGUUUCCCGGCAUUUUGAAGAUACAAGUUAUGGUUACAAAGAUUUUUCACGGCGGGGGAUGCAUGUGCCUACCUUUCGGGUGCAGGAUUACAGCUGGGAAGACCAUGGCUAUUCACUAGUUAAUCGCCUUUAUCCAGAUGUUGGGCAGCUAUUAGAUGAAAAGUUUCACAUUGCUUUCAACUUGACUUAUAAUACUAUGGCAAUGCAUAAAGAUGUGGAUACUUCAACUUUAAGACGUGCAGUAUGGAAUUAUGUCCACUGCAUGUUUGGUAUAAGAUAUGAUGACUAUGAUUAUGGAGAAAUCAACCAAUUAUUGGAUCGCAGCUUUAAGGUUUACAUUAAAAAUGUGGUGUGCAGUCCUGAGAAGACUUCAAAGAGAAUGUAUGAUGGUUUUUGGAGACAGUUUAAGCACUCUGAAAAAGUACAUGUUAAUUUGCUUCUUAUGGAAGCGAGGAUGCAGGCAGAACUGCUUUAUGCUCUGAGAGCAAUUACUCGAUAUAUGACCUGAUUUCUUCUACCUGACUUAAGGAAAAAAGAAAAAAAAACUACAAAAAACAAAAGAAUGUUGAAGUUUCCCCAGCUCGCAUGGAAACUACGGCAGCUGCCUUUUCAGAAAUCCUUUGUGCCAUAUUUCUCAUCGUAUCAACUGUUGGCUUAGUACCACCGACAACUUGUAGCGAACUUGAAGUUGAAUGUGUGAAGAAGAGAUGCCAAGUUCUGGCCUUGUGCCACAUAUGCUUGAACUUUGCUUUAUAAUAUAGCACAUGUUACCUGUAUAUCAGGAUAUGGUUACAAUGGUUAUAAUGAAAGACAUUUCAAGAGGAUGGACUGGGAUAUCCCCACCUAUUUUCUCCUUAGGUGCACACAAAAAUGAGAUUAAGAUGGCACUGCUACUUCAGUAAAUGACUUUAGAGGAAGAGAAAACACGCCAAGGUGCAGGCAGCCAAAUUAAGCUAAAUGACAGUUCUACAUGAACACUGCUAUAGUCUGAGCCUAGUUAAAGAGACUUACAAAAUACAUUUGUGCAUGCUCUAAAGCUAGCCAUACAAGGCAACAUACUUCCUUGCAUACUUCCCAGGUUCCAUCUCGCUCUUUGGCUAUGUGUUUAGUUAUAAGAAACUGUGAGGUUUGUUUUUUUCUAUAUUUUUUUUUCAUAAUGGUUGAAACUUAAGUUGUCUUCCUAAAAAAUGUACAUAUGUUUUUUUGUUUUUCUUCAGUCUUCAGUAGGUAUGUUCUAUAUUAUAAAAUGACUACAGGGAAUGUAGAAUACCUCUUGGUUAUGGGGUGCACACUUUUGUAACAGUUCCAAUCUUUCUUUCAAGCUGCUGCUCUGUUACUAGCAGUUGGGAACAAAGGAACACAGGCAGGAAAACUGGCUCGUGCAAUGCAGACUUCCUCGUGACUGCAGAAUUUUUCAGAAAAAAGGACAGCCUUUUUAUUUCUCUUUCUUAACAUUGAGUUUCAGAUCUGAUUUUAGAUUCUGACUUUGAGGGAGGCAAAAGGAAAACUGUUUAAAAUGGAUGAAACCCAUUGUGUUAUGGAAAUAUCAACAUGAGAAUAUGCUAUGAAACUUUGUUUUUUCAAAGUCUGUCAGUAUUAUUGACAUUUUUUUUAAAUAAAACUUAAGAAACAAAA